AUGUUCCUUAAGGUCUUGUGUCCGUAUCUGCUCAAUCUCAAACAACUCACACUUACAACUAGCUAUACGAGUUUGAGGUGGAAGACGACGAGUGCAGAAUUCCUCCAAGAGUCUGCUAGAAAGAUAUACCAAGGCCUCCGCGGAUUGUUGACCACGGCUGCAGCGGUGACCCAAUUCCAUCCUCAAAUGCGAAAGGCGUACUGGCGCCCAUGGCGCGGACCGAUCGUCGAACAGCGGAUAUGGGAGGAGGAGGAUGGGGAAGAAGUGAUAAACGCAGUAUGUCACGAAUACUUCAUUGACAUCUUCAAGAGAGGUUCGGGUCCAGAUUUGAAGCCUGAUGGGGCCAUGAAGGACGCGUAUGGGGGCUUCAAGGCUGUCGUGCUGAACAGUCCGCUCAUCCGACGCCUCGUUUGGGAAGAGGACGGAUACGUGGGUGACUUGAAAGAACUUUUCCUGCCAAAUGACACGCAAUCUUCAGAACUGAACAUGGAAAGACUGUGGUGGUGGGACCGUGUAUCUGAAUACCUUGAUGUUAAUGUAGACCCGGAAACAAUCAGAGGUUGGCAUUUACGGUCGUGA